AAAGACAACCAUAGACUCUCUGAUCAGCAACGGGCCAUUGAUCGUGGUCAGAACCCAUUGCCUAUCUAUACUGCAGUCAAUGUCAAGAACAACUAUAGCACUCUGGAUUUCAAAGAAUGGGUGGAGUUCACCCCUUAUGAGGUGGGAUUGCAAAAAUAUGGGGCUUUUGUUCGUGCUGAGGAUUUUGGCAGUGAGUUCUUCAUGGGUCGGUUGAUGAAGAAGGUCCCUGAAUCCCGGAUCUGCUUCUUAGAAGGCAUAUGGAGUAGUUUAUUUUCAUUGAAUGUGUUAUAUAUAUGGAAUUCAUCUCAUUCGUCAGAAGAUUUCUGGCAUAGGUGGACCCGGGACAAAAUCAAGAAUAUAGAGGAGGAACCCCUCCUGCCCCAGAAGCUGCAUGAGCUGAAGACCCGUCUGUUCACCCCGCCCGGCCCCCUGGGCAGCGCCCUUCGCCACGCGCUCACCGACCGCCUCUGCCUGGCCCAGGAGCACAACUUCCUCAGGGGCCUCCAGCUGCACAACGACUACCUGGAGAACAAGCACUUCUGCAGGUGGAAAGAUACCGUGUUAGACACAUUUCCCAACCAGCUGACACAAUCAGAGGAAUUCCUGUCUCUGGUAGACACAGGAUUUUUCAUCAACACAAGCGUCAUGCCACUUUUAAAACCAGAGAGGAAGGUGGACGUCAUCCUGCAUUUAAAUUACAGUGCAGGAUCGCAGAUACGGGCUCUGGACCAGACCUGCAAAUACUGCUCAGAGCAAGGAAUCCUUUUUCCCAGGGUGGACUUGAGUGAAGAAGACAGGAAAAACCUGAAGGAAUGUUACCUCUUUGAUGGUGCUGAGACUCCAGGAGCGCCAGUACUGCUAUUUUUCCCACUAAUUAAUGAUACCUUUCAAAAGUAUAAAGCACCAGGUCAGAAGCGCUCGGAGUCAGAGAUGGAAGAUGGCAAAGUUGAUCUCUAUGGCCGUUGUUCCCCUUAUUCAACAUACUCUGUGCAGUACACUGAGGAGGUGUAUGACCGUCUGGUUCAGCUGGGAGAAUACAACAUCCUGAAUAAUGAAGAGCUCAUUGUGCAGGCCUUGCGCACAGCAGUGGCACGGAAAAGGCAGAAAAAGAAAUAA